UUAAAUUAUUAUAUUUUAAAAAAAAUAAAAACUUUCCUUUCAGAAUCCCUAAUCCCUUCUCUGCAUCUCGCACAAGUUGCUCUUUCCGAUCACACUAUCCUCCGUCCGGCCGCUCCUUUUCGCUGCCAUAACAGUUUCGAAUCCGAUCACCGAGGACUUGGAGGUCUCGCAGGGUCGACCUCCAGUCUGGUUUUUAAAACAUUGCCAUCAAGAGGACUAAUGUGUUUGGUGUGUGAGUUAGAAGCAUCAUAUAAGGAGCAAGAGGAUGAUUGGAGUCGGAAAGAUCAAGCAGUACGGUAACGUCCUCGAUAAACCCCUUGCCAAGGGCAAACAAGAGGUUAGUUUGAGUGCAUUUGCAUUCUUAUUCUCCGAGCUUGUUCAGUACAACCAAACGCAGGUUGACAAUAUUGGCGAGCUCGAACGAAGACUGGAGGAUGCUGGAUAUGCAGUUGGGGCUCGUGUUCUUGAGCUGCUUUGCCACAGAGAUAAGGGAAACAGAAGGGAGACACGGUUGCUGGGUAUUCUUUCUUUUGUACACAGUACAGUGUGGAAAGUACUAUUUGGAAAGGUAGCUGACUCACUGGAGAAAGGAACUGAACACGAAGAUGAAUACAUGAUCAGUGAAAAGGAACUCCUUGUAAACAAAUUCAUUUCUAUCCCAAAGGACAUGGGAACGUUUAACUGCGGCGCAUUUGUUGCUGGAAUAGUUCGGGGUGUUUUGGAUGGUGCCGGCUUUCCAGCUGUUGUAACAGCUCAUUUUGUGCCCAUGGAAGGGCAACAACGGCCUCGGACAACAAUUUUGAUAAAAUUUGCAGAAGAGGUGUUACGUAGAGAAGCAAGAUUAGGCUGAUGUUUAUACCGAGUUGUCAAUAAGAUAUUUGUAAUGCUGAACACCAAUAUGAAAAGUAUUUUAAGAUUCUGACCAACCUGUCCUUUUGAUAUGUGCUUCAAACUCGUUUCUGAUUCUAUCGUAUGUUAUGCUUUGAAGUCGAGAAUUGUUCUUACUCAGGAAUUAUAUAUAAUGUACAAAAAAUCUUUUGUUGUUUAAUUUCAAUAUCUCAUCCUGCAUAUUGAUUGAGGAUAACUCAGGGAUGUAGUAAAGUUUGAUUUAUUAGCAAACUACGAAAUAUUUAUGUAGUUUGUUGAAUGUACAUUGGUCUCAAGAAAUUCUAUAAGCAA